AGUUACAGACUCCCAUAAUUCUCUUUUUUAUUCUCUUAUCUUCUCACUGUUCGCUUAUUUUUCAUUCCUCUUUUAUCUGAUCCUUUCUUGUCGGUUCCUUCAAAUUCUGUUAGAUCUUAAUAAAUUACGUUCCAAAUUCUCUCUUCUUCCCUCAUCCCUUCGAUCGCGUCGCUCAAUAUUCUACUUGAAAACUACUUUAAUCUCGCACAGGAAUCAAUUGAAUUGGCCUGAUUCUUGAUUCUCGAGAAAAUACUGAAUCUACUUAGGGUUUUAUUAUUGUUACUUGUUGUGAUCAGGGGUUGUUGCAGGGGUUUUGACCGUUGAUCUUUCUAUAAGGUCGACAGAGACCUGUUAUUUCGGAGGAUUUCAGGGAUGAUCCGGUGCUUUGUGGAUUGAGACGAUGGAAUCUUCUUUGUUUGGUUGUUGGGAAACAUUAAUCCAUUCUUUAUGUUGUUAUUAAACUGUGUAACUAACUCGAAUUUUUAUUGCCUUAUUAUUUUUUUUUUGUUCCCUCUCAGUUUCGAAUUAAUUAUGAAAAUAAUCAAGAGAAGCGCUGGUCUGCUUGCCUUGAUUUGUAAGGAGUUGAGAUGGCGUCAUCGCAAGGACCGGUUAUUUGCCCUGCUGUGCGUGCAAAACAAGCUGGAGUUUACACUCUGCCAGUGAAUGUUCCUUUGGUGAAUGCUAGGCUUGUUAGAAAUGGGUUAUGGAGAUUCAAGGGGAUCAAUGGUUACAAAUCUAAAGUGACUAUAUUUUCUCCUCAACUAAAUGCGCAAGGGCGCUAUGCAGUGCAGUGUUGUUUGAGUUCAUCUUCGAAUAAUGGGGGCACAUCGGAGAACUUCAAUGAAAACGAUGGAGAUUAUGUCAACUCUAGCAUAGUUGAAGCUGUUGAAGUGAAGAGCGGAGCGGAUGGUUUCAUGAUCAAAAUGAGGGAUGGCAGGCACUUACGAUGUGUCCAUAACAAUCCUCAAUGUGGGCAUCUGCCAGACUAUGCACCUCAUCCUGCAAUUGUAUUGAAGAUGGAAGAUGGGACUGGUCUUCUUCUCCCUAUCAUUGUUUUGGAGAUGCCCAGUGUGUUGCUCAUGGCAGCUCUCCGCAAUGUGCAAAUAUCUAGACCAACUAUGUAUCAAGUGGUGAAAGAAAUGAUUGAGAAAAUGGGCUAUGAAGUCAGACUUGUUAGAGUUACUAGGAGGGUGCAUGAGGCAUAUUUUGCUCAGUUAUACCUGACAAAAGUGGGCAAUGAGAAAGAAUGUGUCAGCUUUGACCUUCGUCCUUCAGAUGCCAUCAAUAUUGCAGUGAGAUGCAAGGUACCAAUUCAAGUCAAUAGGUACCUGGCAUACAGUGAUGGGAUGAGAGUCAUUGAAUCUGGAAAGCUAGCACAGUCUCCAGCUUCAGAUGGCUUAUUAUUUACUGAACUAGAUCGGCCCACUGGUCAGCCUUGUCUUGAUACCAAGGAGUUUAAUCUUGUUCGCAACAUGAUUUCUGCCGUCAUUGAGGAACGUUACAAAGAUGCAGCUCAAUGGAGGGACGAACUUGGUCAAUUUAGGGCUAAAAGGAACUUGAAGAAAUACACAUGAUAGGUAUUCCACGAGAAAUUGUAUAUAGAAACCAUUGUUGGAAGCUGAUGAGGUCAGCUGCGUUCAGCAGUAACCAAUCAUGUUCCUUUCUCUUUCUACCAAUGUGUAUGUAACAGAAUUCGUGGAUAUGUAUAUAAAUAACAUUGCUUAUGCAACAUUUCUGCUUAUUAUUCUGAUCUGGAUGCUGAAGCUUAUUAGCUAUUUAAUUGCACGAUGGGUUCUUGCA